CGAGUCUUCUAUCCAUCGCAUUACUCGUUCAGUUAUCAAACGCUAUAGACCUUACGACUUAAAAGUAACUUUGACAUUGACACAGUGCAGAGAUGGCGCCAGUUAACGCGAACGAUGUUUUAAAUGGAAAUAAGACUUAUGUUGCUCCUCUUCCUGAAGCUACUACUGAAACCGGAGAAGGAAUUAAAGGCUAUUCAUAUGAGUUGCUACAGGAAAUAGCAAAUUUUCUGCUGUCGCGCACGUCAGUUCGACCCCGUAUUGGAAUCAUCUGCGGCUCUGGGAUGGGUGCGUAUUGGAAUGAUGGAUCUCUAGCAGAUAGCAUAGUAGACGCACAAUGUUUCCCUUAUACGGAAAUCCCCAACUUUCCCGUGAGUACAGUUGAAGGACAUCAGGGAAAGCUUGUUUUCGGUCACAUCGCUGGAGUGCCCGUCGUAGCCAUGCAGGGAAGAUUUCAUUACUACGAGGGCUACCCACUUUGGAAGUGCUGUCUACCCGUUCGAGUGAUGAAGCUCAUUGGAAUCAAGACCUUAAUAGCAACAAACGCAGCUGGUGGUUUGAAUCCAGAUUUCAGAAUCGGAGAUUUCAUGAUUGUUAAGGACCACAUCAAUAUGAUGGGUUUCGCUGGCAACAAUCCUCUACACGGACCAAAUGAUGACAGAUUCGGACCACGAUUCCCGCCAAUGAGCAAAGCCUAUAAUUAUGAAUUUAGAAAAAUUGCCAAAGAGGUUGCCGUAGAGUUGAAUUUAGAAAAUAUCGUACGAGAAGGAGUGUAUGCUUGUCUUGGUGGCCCUAACUUCGAAACGGUGGCAGAACUGAAAAUGCUCAAAAUGCUCGGUGUCGACGCCGUCGGCAUGUCUACAGUACAUGAGGUGAUCAUAGCACGGCACUGUGAUCUAACAGCGUUCGCCUUGUCUCUAAUCACAAACGAGUGCGUGACGAGCUACGACGACGACAGUGAGGCGAACCACGAAGAAGUUCUUGACGUUGGUCGCAUGCGACAGGAUGUACUCAGCAAGUUUAUCGCUCGGGUUAUCGAAAGAUUCGAUAAAGUACAAAAUAAGAAUUAAACUAUUGUUGCACGUCAACGUUGUCCUGUUUUCAAAGGUUGAAGUAGUAAUGAUGCUUACUUACUUACCUCAGACAAAAAUAUUGAGAAAUAAUUUGUACCCCGAUAAUUUGUCCACAAAUAAGUAUCAAAAAAAAAAAGUUAUUCGAAAAUGUCGUAAGUAUGUAUUUGUUGAAUUGUACGUACAGUUGCAUUCGA